AUGGCGCCGCGACUGCCGGUCGAGAAUGGCGCCGCGCACCAUCCGCACGCUGAGAGCGGAGGAGCACUUUCCGCCUCGGCAGGAGGCGACGCCGCUAAGGCGGAGCAGCCGCCGCCGUCGCCGGCGGCGAAAGGGAUCGACGGCGACGGAGCGGCGCUGUCGGCGCUAGCGAGUGGAGACGAGGGCGCGACUGGCGGCGACGUGGCGGCGGUGUUAUCGCGGCACUCGGCGGCGGACUGGUUCAUCUACCCGGUGGUGCUGCGCCACUUCCCCGUGCGCGUGCUCUUCCACGACCGCACCGCCGUCACCUUCGGCAAGCCCUACGUGAUAGCAGUGGAGCCGCACUCGGUGCUGCCGGUGGGGCUGGGCGCCUUCAUGUGCCACGCGCUGGCAGCGGGGGGGGUGGCGGGCGCCACGAGCGCCAUCUUCCGCGUGCCGCUGCUGCGCCAGUGCUGGCAGUGGGCGCGCCUCGCCCCCGCCACGCGCGCCUUGCUGUCCGGUGUGCUGCAGCGCGGCCGCCCCGUGAUCAUCGUGCCGGGCGGCGUGCAGGAGUGCCUCUUCAUGGCUCCCGGCAAGGAGGUGGUGUUCAUCCGGCAGCGCUUUGGCUUCAUCCGCCUGGCGCUGCAGCACGGUGCGCCCGUGCUGCCCUGCUUCGUAUUUGGCCAGACCAGUGCGUACCGCUGGUGGAAGCCCCAAGGGGAGUGGUACGGGGCGGUGGCGAGGCGCCUGGGGUUUGCGCCGAUCCUCUUCUGGGGCAUGUGGGGGUCGCCCAUCCCCUUCCGCACGCCCCUCACCAUCGUCAUCGGCACACCCAUCGGCCAGGGUGACCCUGACCCCAACCCCUCAAAAGAAAGGGUGGCAGCGGUGCAUGCGCAGUACGUGAGUGCCUUGGAGCGCCUCUUCCUCGACUACCGCGCCCAGGCGGGUUACCCCACCACGCAGCUGGAGAUCCUGUGA